UUCGAGAAGCUGGCAGGUACGGCACUACCAAGAGGCUACCGGAAAGCAAGGGGACGACCAGGGGAAGGACCAUCUCCAAAACCUGCAAACCUCUUCGAGCCACCGAUCGAUCGCCGAUCCGGCCGCGGCAGCGUGAUCUCGACGCGGGUGCCGACCGCGCACUUCGCCGAUUCCUCUCUGUGAAAUUGUUGAGUUACAGUCCAUGCUCCAGAUAUAGCAGAAGCCAUGGCAGAAAUUACUGACAAUAAUUCAAACAUGUCCAUUCUACAAAGAAUUGCUACAAGUGACAUGGCACUGCUGAAGGAGUAUGGUUUGCAUGGUGUUAUUGGUGCUCUACUACUUGCUAUAGUUAUUCCCGUUGUCCUAUCAUCAAUAUUCGGCAAAAAUGCAAAGAAAAGAGCAGUUCAAGCUGAUGUGGGUGGUGAGGUAGGACUUGCCAUGAGAAACAGUAGAUUUUCGUCUUUAGUUCAAGUUCCAUGGGAGGGUGCCACCACAAUGGCAGCUCUAUUCGAGAUGGCUAGCAAAAAAUACUCUCGACAAAAGUGCCUUGGCACAAGAAAGCUAAUUAAUAGGGAAUUUGUAGAAUCUGCUGAUGGUCGGAAGUUUGAGAAAUUGCAUCUUGGUGAAUAUGAAUGGGAUACCUAUGGAGAAGCAUUUAAUCGUGCAUGUAAUUUUGCUUCUGGGCUCAUCAAGAUGGGCCACAAACAAAACAGUCAUGUUGCGAUUUUCUCUGAUACAAGAGCUGAGUGGAUCAUUGCUGCUCAGGGAUGCUUUCGGCAAAAUUUGACUGUUGUAACAAUCUAUGCAUCUCUUGGCGAGGAUGCACUGGUGCACUCACUAAAUGAGACACAGGUUUCAACUCUGAUUUGUGAUUCGAAGCAACUUAAGAAGCUACCUGCACUCAGCUCCAAGUUGCAGAUUAUUGAGCAUAUUAUCUAUAUUGAGGAUGAGCCUGUCGAGGCUGAGACACUGAAUCAAAUGAAGCAUUGGAAAACAUUAUCUUUCACUGAAGUAGAGGAGUUGGGCAAAACAUCACAUAUAGAUGCAAGAUUACCUUCAAGUGCUGAUACUGCAGUCAUUAUGUAUACAAGCGGAAGUACUGGUCUCCCCAAGGGUGUAAUGAUUACGCAUGGCAAUAUGGUGGCCACAACUGCAGCAGUCAUGACAAUCGUCCCAAAACUCGGCAUGGAAGAUGUUUAUCUGGCUUACCUUCCAUUGGCUCAUGUCUUUGAACUAGCAGCAGAGACUGUCAUGCUAGCUUCUGGUACUGCUAUUGGAUAUGGUUCACCUCUGACUAUGACUGAUACAUCAAAUAAGAUAAAGAAGGGGACAAAAGGAGAUGUUUCUGUACUGAAACCUACUCUUAUGGUUUCAGUUCCUGCAAUUUUGGAUCGCAUUAGAGAUGCAGUGUUUAAGAAGGUUGGUGAGAAGGGUGGCCUGACAAAAAAGCUAUUUGAUUUUGCAUAUAACCGAAAUCUUGCAGCAAUUGAAGGGAGUUGGUUUGGAUCUUGGGCACCAGAGAGAAUGAUGUGGGAUAGCCUUAUUUUUAGACCAAUACGGUCCAUGCUUGGAGGACGCAUAAGAUUUGUUCUUUGUGGUGGUGCACCUCUAUCAAGUGACACACAAAGAUUUAUGAAUAUAUGUCUAGGUGUCCCAGUAGGUCAAGGCUAUGGAUUGACUGAGACUUGUGCGGGAGCAGCUUUCUCUGAAUGGGAUGACACAAGUGUGGGUCGUGUUGGUCCACCCCUUCCUUGUUGCUAUGUCAAGCUUGUUUCAUGGGAAGAAGGUGGCUAUAGGAUUUCUGAUUCUCCAAUGCCGAGAGGAGAGGUUGUGGUUGGUGGAUACAGUAUAACAAAAGGUUAUUUCAACAAUGAAGCCAAAACAAAUGAGGUGUACAAGGUCGAUGAGGGGGGCAUACGCUGGUUUUAUACUGGUGAUAUUGGCCAGUUCCAUCCUGAUGGAUGCCUUGAGAUUAUUGAUAGGAAAAAGGAUAUAGUAAAACUUCAGCAUGGAGAAUAUGUUUCUCUUGGCAAGGUUGAAUCGGCUCUGACAACAAGCAAUUACGUGGAUAACAUCAUGGUUUAUGCUGAUCCAUUUCAUAAUUAUUGUGUCGCACUGGUAGUUCCGGCGCACCAGGCCCUACAGAAGUGGGCUCAAAAUUCAGGGAUAAACUACAAAAACUUUGAGGAGCUGUGCCAAAAUGAUCAAGCGACAAAGGAGGUUCAGCAAUCUCUAUCAAAGGUCGCAAAAGCAGCGAGGCUUGAGAAAUUUGAGAUACCAGUGAAGAUUUUGUUGCUGCCUGAACCAUGGACCCCAGAGUCUGGGCUGGUGACGGCUGCGCUUAAACUGAAGAGGGAGCAAAUAAAGACCAAAUUCAAAGAUGAUCUGAACAAGCUCUAUCACUGAACCAGCUACAGAUGGCGCUUUGGACCACAUGCUACCGGUUAAGUACUUGACCUAGCUUCCCUGAAGCUUGUACAUGUGCUGGCAUUUCAUAGCCUGCAUAAAAGUCAUGUAUAUCGUUGCAAGUCUGUAGUCUGUAAAACCGUUAGUGAGACAACUCGCAUGGCCUCCGAAUGCUUGGGAAAGAAUGCGGACAUGGAGCAUUUGCAUAUGGGACGUUACCAUGCCUUGUUCAUGCCUGAGCAAAAAUAAGGGUUCCUCACGACCACAUCACUUUUUUUCUGGUUUUCAGUAGUCCAGUACUCUGCUAGGAUCUCCAUUUACAUAGAUUACAAUGUGAUGUUUUUAUUGUGAUGGUCAACAUGCUCAGUGUUCCAUUUU